CAGCUGACCUACUUUCUCAGCCCUCAGCCACACAGCCCUGUUUACAAGCCACUGCCAGCGGAGGAUGUGGAGUACAGAGCCUGGAAAAUACACGGACAUCGCGAGUCGCAACCAAAUCCUCGAAUGGGAAAUUUUAUCGCGCAUACUCGAUAUUUGUACCUCCACCGGGCGGAUUAUUUGCGAUGCUUAGAUAACUUAAAUAGUGGUUAUGCAAUUUAACGUGUCUAUUGCCAGCGACUUUACGCACGGCUGCUAGUUUGAUAAAAUGACUGAAAUUAAAGAGAAAGUAGUGCUCAAGUGCGCAUUGCUGCUGAAGACCAGUUUUCAAGGAUUUGCUGUCUUUUGGGUGACCUCUAAGCAGUGGAGAGAGGAGCAUCUACAGUAGGUUUUUGCUGUUGAGUUUUGGGACACAAUCAGCGCGGAUGGGCCAGAUAAGACUGCAGAGAGGGCCUGGCUGGGAACUGGAGUGAGCAUGGACAACCUAGCCGACUACAGUGGCUCCUGUGCAUCCACACACAGGGAAUGGGACACCAGCAGCUGUGUGGAAGAUUUGAUGGACGAGGAUGAGAAGGACAGGGCAAAAAGGGCAUCUAGAAACAAAUCAGAAAAGAAAAGAAGAGACCAAUUCAAUAUGCUCAUCAAGGAACUAUGCACCAUGCUGCAGGGCCAGGGCCAUCCACGCAAGAUGGACAAGUCCACCAUUUUACAGAGAACUAUUGACUUCCUACAAAAACAAAAAGAUAUCACUGCCCAGAAUGAAACCUGUGAUGUAAAACAGGACUGGAAACCCUCUUUCCUUAGUAACGAGGAGUUUACACAGCUGAUGUUGGAGGCCCUGGAUGGUUUCUUGGUGGCAUUAACUACAGAUGGAAACAUAAUUUAUGUAUCUGACAGUGUGUCUUCACUUAUUGGCCAUUUACCGUCAGAUAUGGUGGACCAAAAUAUCUUGAACUUCCUCCCAGAGCGUGAACAUGGGGAGGUCUAUAAGCUGCUAUCAUCCCACAUGCUGAUGACUGACCCCAUUGCUGCUGACUUUCUAGACAGUGAGACACAUAUUGAAUUUUGCUGUCAUCUGGCCAGAGGGAACAUUGACCCUAAGGAGCCACCUGUGUAUGAGUAUGUUAAGUUUGUGGGAGAUUUCAAGUUUCAAAACAGCGUGCCUACGUCUUCUUGUAACGGUUUGGAGUUGACUUUACCCCGAGCUCUACAGUCGUCGCUGGAGGAGCAGGUCUGCCUCAUCGCUACUGUACGUUUGGUCACUCCUCAAUUCUUAAAGGAUUUAUGUAAUGUGGAAGACGCUUGUGAUGAGUUCACAUCUAGACACAGCCUUGAAUGGAAGUUCUUGUUCUUAGAUCACAGGGCUUCACCAAUCAUUGGCUAUUUACCAUUUGAGGUUCUUGGCACCUCAGGUUAUGAUUACUAUCAUGUGGAUGACUUAGAGCUAAUAGCUCAGUGUCACAGGCAAUUGAUGCAGUUUGGAAAAGGCAAGUCGUGCUACUACCGUUUCCUCACCAAAGGGCAGCAGUGGAUAUGGCUGCAGACGCAUUAUUACAUCACCUAUCACCAGUGGAACUCCAAACCUGAGUUCAUCGUCUGCACCCACACAGUAGUCAGUUAUGCAGAGGUCCGAGCUGAGCGGAGGCGAGCGUUUGGCCUUCAGGAGCUGUCUCCUCCUGAGAUAGCCCCCUCAUCAGUUAAGGCGCAGGAGCUGUACUUGGACAUCUGUUCCACACUAGACCCUCCACGGGACAGGAACAGCGGUGCGCAUUCAGUAUCGUCCCAUAGCUCUCGAAAGUCAUCCCACACGGCGCUGUCAGACUCUGCUUCAGCUAACAGCUACACUGAGGCCUGCACCCCAUCAUGGCAGCCCUCCUCCAUCGGGACCGAGAAGACAACCAGACUCCAGCCCAGCAGUUCAAAGAAUUUGGUACAAAGACAAAAUUCCUUUGACCUCGUUCCCCAACUGAGCCUCCCUGUCUCUCCUACCUGCAGCAAGCACUCCGGCAUGCAGUCAGCACCCCCACAACCCCCUCAGCCCUCUUCGUUGUACCAGCUCCCGCAGCCUCAGCUCGGGGUGAUGACCCAGCUCAAGGAGCAGCUGGAGGAGCGCACGCGCAUCCUGCAGGCUGACAUCAAGACUCAACAGCAAGAGCUGCAUGACAUUAAAGAGAAGCUUCACCUGGCUAAUCUGCAGAUGUUGUUACAGCAGCCGAUCCACAAUGACUUUGGCCAAGAUCAGCCCCCUCAACAGCAGGGUCCAGGGAGGCCAGCCCCCCAGAGCCAGGGGUCAGGGGUCAUAAGGCAGCACGCAGCACAUCCCAAACCACAGGCCUGCGGAGCUCACAACUCCUCACCUCACUCACUCAUGAGAGAAAACAGCUCUCCAUCAACACAGCCGAGGAUUGGGCGCAGCGGGCAAGUCCAGGCUGUGAGUGUACCUGUGCAGACAAACACCAGCCUCACCAUGCCCUUUUAUAGUAACCCCAUGAUGUUCUCCCAGACCAAUACAAGACCUCUGCAGGAAGCAAACCAAAGACCCUCUGAAAACGAGUUCAGUCAGGACGGACAGCUACGCAUGCUUCUGAACCAGCCAAUGCAGACCCUUGUCCCAACCAGCAGUGUCUCCUCACAGUCUUCACAGUGCAACAUGGGCCUCCCCCAGACUAUUUACACAUUGGAGCAGCAGAUUAUUGCGCCUUCAUUCUCCAUGCCGCAGGUGAACUGUAACGCGGUGCUUGUGCCCUCUCCAGUCUUCACGUCUCCCGUCAUGAUCCCUCACAACAGUUUUAUCUCACAUCAGUCGCACUCAGCCUACCACCCCCAACCACAGGCUCCACGCCACUCACUGCAGCUACAGCAGCCUCAGCAGUUCUUUCAGAUGACUCAAGGACUUGGAUCUACUUCUGCAUUCUUGCACACCACAAAUGUUCCACAGCAAAGCACUGUGGGAUACAUUCAGCAGCAGCCAACACAGCAACAGCAACAGCAGAGGCAAUACCCACAUUCCCAAAACCAGAGCGCCAGUGACUUCCGCAACAUGCUGACUCGGUAGCACUGAGACUGGUCUGGUUAGGACUGCCACUUUUGGAAGUAAAAGUACAUGUUGUAGAAACCCAGUCAAAUGGACUGGUCAGUGCAUCUACAGCAGAAGAUGGAGGUCACCUGCAGGGCCAGGUCUGGACAGGACCAGAGCCACAGGAGCUUAGACCUGGGCCCAGGGCUCCAGCUGUGGUCAGUGGUGCAACUAAUGGUGACAGCUGAAAGGAAGUCUCUCCCAUGUGUGAUCAGGUGGAAAGAUGUCAUCCAAGAAAGGAUUUUCAGUCAGGUGUGUGUCCGCACUCUGGUACCACUUUACUAAAAUUGGGAAUAUAAUUAUUAUUCCUACCAAUAAUAAUCCUUCAACUAUAUAAUCUUUCAACCUCAAUCCCAGUAACCGAAAACCAUGCACCUAGUUUGACAAGAAUUUUAAUCACAAUCAUAUCUUAAAAUUAAACCAAUGUACAGUUGAAAAUAUUGUCAGUAGAAAAAAAAUUUCAGAUUUUUUAAAAGCCUCAGUCUGUCAUAAGAAAUAAUGGGGCUCCUGUUUCCCUCUUUUAUCACAGAAAGCUUUCUUCAUAGCUUUGCAGUAAAACUUUGGAGGAGGGUCAAACUGUGCCUUUAACUAUGGUCUGUCCAUGGUAAAAGUUUGAUGGUUUAGUCUGAUUACGGCUUUAAAAAUUCAGCUCAGGUCCAUUUGGGAUACAAAGUUAUAUUUUCAUAGGUCAUAAUUUAUUGUUUUACAAACCUGAAUCAAACAAUAGAUUUAUAUUGAAAAUGAUCUGUUAUUUACUGCCUUCACAUGUCCCAUUUAGAAUAGACUGUAAGUUUAACUCAGUUCAGUCAUGAAAAACAUAUACUUUCAUUAUUUACAUGAGACACAUAAGAUGUCUGGCUAUGUAUUCAUUUACACAUUGAAAGGUCACCACAGCUAAGUGUUGUAAUAUUUGUGAUUGUGAAAACUGUUACAGAUGUGUAUGCUUGCUCAUUUGCAUCUAUUAGCAGUUUUAAUUUAAUUUUGAAAAAUAAUUUAACUAUCGAUAAAUAUAUUUGCUAGAUACAAACAUUUACCCUGAUACAAUGUGCUAAAUGUUCUACAGCUCAUUCUCAGUACUGUAACGCAUUGAAGGUCGUACUUUUGUUUCAGUGGAAAUUGUCUUGGUUUUGUUUGAAGGACAAGUGCAUGUGUCUGCACUCAGUCUUUCCUUGUGAAUACAGAAGUAAAUACAUAUUUAUUGACUAAUGACAGCUCUUAAUGCUGUUUUCUACAUCUACAACACAAGCAAAGUUAUUACAAAAAGAAAUCUAGUUUUUCAUUUUGACACACCCUUUACCAGUUCUUAGCAUUAACGCUAACCGUACAGUCCUGAAAAACUGCUGCUGAUUUUCAGACCACUACGAGUGUGUAUGUUCAGUGCCGUUUUACACUUUACUAUGUGCAAUUUCAAAUUGAGAAGAAUGUUUUUAUUGUAAUUUACUGUAAACUCUGUGUUGCAUAUGUAUAUAGAUGUGUAUAAUAAGCCAUGCUACCAUGUAAUUUAUAUGGAAGUAUUUUUCUAAUGAAAAUAUUAUUACAUUCCUUAAAUCCAGCAGCAGUUUUCAAAAGGUAUAUAUGUCCCAUCUAUGUUUCCCAAGAUUUAAAACAAAUGACAAAAUUAAGAAAUUUAGGAUAUUAUUGUUAGUGAUUAAUGAGGUAUUAAAAGGUCCCCUGUGGAGAUCUUUUUAUUGUUAUUCUAUUUGCCUGAAUGAUUGGGUCUUCAUGGUAGUAACUCACUCAAAUGCCAUAUUUGUAAGUUAUCUGAAGGAAAAAAUAUUUCAACUUAUUUGUUUAAAGUGCAAUUCUUCAUUUCAUUUAGAGGAUGGCUUUAAGGUUUAUCAUUGGAUCAAUCCAGUCACUUUCCUUUUUCACUUUGUUCAUUAAAAAAGUUAGAGGUGCCAUAGAUCAAAUCAUUUACCUGUCUGUGGUCAUUGUUUUGAAAAAACCCAAAGAUAUUUUAGAGAACAUCUUCUACUCAUUUAGAUAGUUACUUAUUCUCCCAAUACUCUUUGCUGUGGAGUAAACCUGUUGCACACUGUCCUGGAAAGACAGAAAAUAAAAUUAUUUUCUGAGUGACAUUGCAAUAGUUCAUACGUUUUCUUUUUACUCUGCGUGUAGAUAAGCUUUAGUUUGAAAUUUUCUGUUGCAUCUGUUUGUGUUUAUAGUCUGUCUGUAGAUUCUGCCGCAGAGUAAAAAUGGCCUUGAUUUUUGGUGUAACCAUUUUAGAAAGUAUGUGAAAUUAAUCUGAAAUUAAAGUGAACAAGUAAUGGUCUGUAAAAGGUUCACCAAGACACAGUUCAUUCUGCAGUUUCAGUGCAGGAACAAGGAUAUUGUAAAAUAGAAUGUACAAAGUUGAGACUAUAUUAUAGUGGUUUAUUUUAUAUGUUUAAUAGAUAUGUAUGUUAUAUGAUUUUGAAAUUAAAGUAAUUUUGUAACAGAUAAUGAAGUGUCUUAUUAGAAGAGGUAAAAACUUUGCACAGUCUCAUGUAAUGUAUGUAUUGUUUAAUUUUCAUGUUUAUUUACAAUCAAAAUCAGCUUUAAAGAUAUUUAUGUUUUAAAAUACAACACAGAGUUUACCCACGAAAUGCUAAAUUUCAACCUGGAUAUUGUGAAAUGGAAAAUAAAUAUUUCAAACAUGUAUGGUUAUUCUAACCAAA